UAUCGAACGAAAAUCUAGUCGGCGGUGCAGACACUGUAGAAAAGACAUCGCUCAUUUGUCAAGAUGGUUUUUAAUUUUAGAGUGUUUAAAAAGCAAUCUCCAAAUGGGAAACUUACUAUGUACUUGGGAAAGAGGGAUUUUGUGGAUCAUAUUUCGGGUGUGGAGCCAAUAGAUGGAGUAGUGGUGGUAGAUAACGAAUAUAAAGACAGAAAAAUCUUCGGUCAAAUAAUUUGCAGUUUUAGAUAUGGUCGAGAAGCUGACGAAGUCAUGGGUUUGAAUUUUCAAAAGGAUCUUUAUCUCGCGUCAGAACAAAUUUAUCCACCUCCUGAAAAAUCACUGAACACGAAAAUGCAGGAUCGUCUGUUGAAUAAAUUGGGUGAAAACUGUUACCCAUUUACUUUUACUUUACCUCCUAGUGCACCUGCUUCUGUAACAUUACAACCAGGUACCGAAGAUGAAGGACAACCAUGUGGAGUGCAUUAUUAUGUUAAGAUUUUUGUGGGUGAAAAUGAAACGGACAGGACUCACAAAAGAGGCACAGUUACUAUGGCUAUCAGAAAAAUUCAGUAUGCCCCAUCAAAACAAGGCAGGCAACCAUGUACUGUGGUACGAAAAGAUUUUAUGAUGAGCCCUGGAGAACUUGAACUGGAAGUUACAUUGGACAAACAGUUGUAUCAUCAUGGUGAUAAGAUUGCUGUCAAUAUAUGUAUCCGAAAUAACAGUAAUAAGGUGGUUAAGAAGAUAAAAGCUAUGGUCCAGCAGGGAGUUGAUGUUGUGUUAUUCCAGAAUGGACAAUACAGAACAUCCGUAGCAAGUAUUGAAACGCAAGAAGGGUGUCCAAUUCAACCUGGUUCCAGCUUGCAGAAAGUGGUGUAUCUUCUUCCCUUACUAUCUUCAAAUAAAGAUCGAAGAGGUAUUGCUUUAGAUGGCCAACUCAAAAAACAAGACAGUAAUUUGGCUUCGACAACGUUGUUAGCAUCACCUGAUCAGCGAGAUGCAUUCGGUAUUAUCGUAUCUUAUGCCGUAAAAAUAAAAUUAUACCUUGGUGCACUAGGAGGUGAACUUGCUGCUGAACUACCAUUUGUUUUGAUGCAUCCUAAACCCAAUGCUAGGGGAAAGGUUAUCCAUGCGGACAGCCAAGCAGAUGUUGAAACCUUUAAACAUGACACCAUUGAUCAGGAUGCAGAUGAUGAUAAAUGUGAUUAAGCAAAAAUCCAGUCUCUUCCAUUAAUAACUAAUUAAAAAAAUAAGUCGUUUAAGAACCUACCUAUAUGUCGAAAAUAUGAAAAGUUUAAUCUACUGGAUUUUAAUCUACUGGAAUAAAAUAUAUUAAAGGGUAUCUAAAAACGAAUUGCAGUCCAGGAAUAUAAUAUGCUGGGAUUGAUGCGAAGUACAAUAAAAAUGGGGUUGUAGAUGACAACAAAAGUUCAUAGAAAAAUUAAUAUUAUCUAAUAUAUUCCUCUAUUAACCUGCUUAGAAAGAAAUAUAAAAGUUUUGGGAUAACAUGUAAACUUUGACUACAAAGGAAGAUUAUGAUCUUAUAUUUCGUUUUAAUAACCAUAUGUAUUGUGUCAGUUUAGUUUGCUCAGUGUUUAAUCUCAAAUAUUCAUCAUUUAUAUCCAAUAUUAAACAGUAUAUAUUUAUCACCCCGUAUAUCACAUCAACGCAAUUGUUAUUGUAUAAUUACAUGUGCAGGCUUCUAAUUUAGUUCACGAAUUGCAAAUUGUAAACAAUAAUUCGGGCAAUUGCAUAUUUAAUUUGAUGAUCGAAUAUAUUUCAUUGUUCUCAAUAUUUUGUAAAUACAUAUACUCAGCGCGUGGCCUGACACCAAUACUAGUGCCACCGCUGAUAAAAAGUAUACAUUUAGAAUCAUUCACUAGAGUCAACUCAACCAGGCAAGAUGUGCCUUUAAAUAUAUUCCUUUGAGUCACCUCAUACAUUCAACAUGUAGCAUAAUAAUAGUAGUCUCAGUUUAAAUUUCAUACGAAGCAUAUCGGUAAAGCAACGUCUCCCGGGGUGUACCCUAGUGUCAUUCUACAUUAAUAAAUCAUCUACGUGCAUUUGGGGUUUCAUUAAAAGACGAAACAUCACCAACUGAGCCCGAAGAUUAUACACUCAGUCAUAUUAUAUUCAACAAAUCAUUAGCAUUAAUGUAUCUGAGAUGGUGAGAUGUAUCUAUCAAUUUCCUAUUGAUUUAGAUUUCCUUUCCUUUAAUAGUCGUGUCAUGACUAUACCUAUAGUUGAGUCUGGGAAUCUUUACCCGUGCGUCAUCAUUUAAAGCAUACGAAAUAAGUCGAUGAUAAGUCGGAAAUUGAAAUUUACUAAACGCAACAGCAAGUCACUUGCUGUUGGGUUUAGUAAAUUUCAAUUUUCAACUGAUCAUCGACUUAUUUCGUAUGCUUUAAAUGAUGACGCACGGGUAAAGAUUCCCGGACUCAACUGUACCUGUCACUUCCCAGCUGAUUUUUUUUGUACAAAUAAUAAUUUUUAUCAAAUAUAAUCCGAUUUAUUGAAAUAUUGUGAAUAACAUUAAAACUGUAAUUACUUAUAAGAAAAUAAGAACUAAAAAUGUAUGUAAGAUAAUUUAUACAUGCAAGCUGUACCUAAAUACAAUAAAGAUAUAUGAAUACUCUUA